AUGGAAUUUGCCAAACUUCUAACUAUAUCCGUCACCGCCGGUAAACUUUCAAUGGAUCUCGUCAAAGGGUUGAAAGCACCGAGAAAGGCUCGUUUGCUCCUGUUUUUUAUGCACCCGCUGGAUAGUAGUAGCACUUGUAGAAAGGUCUUCCGCUGCAGUUUUUUUGAAAGUGCCUGCUUGGCAGGUCCAACCUCUUUCAAAGCGAACUCUGGUGAUGAGCCAUCGGUCAUGAGGAUCAGUUGA